GUUUUUUCCUUGUUUGCCAGCCCCAGCGGGAAGAAGUUCCGGAGCAAGCCGCAGCUGGCGCGCUACCUCGGCAAUUCCGUGGAUUUGAGCUCCUUUGAUUUCCGCACGGGGAAGAUGAUGCCCAGCAAGCUGCAGAAGAACAAACAACGCCUGAGGAACGACGCCCUCAACCCCAACAAGGGAAAGCCGGACCUGAACACGGCGCUGCCGAUCCGGCAGACGGCGUCCAUCUUCAAACAGCCGGUGACCAAGGUGACGAAUCACCCCGGGAAUAAAGUGAGGAGCGACCCCCAGCGCCUGACGGAGCAGCCCCGACAGCUUUUUUGGGAGAAAAGGCUUCAAGGGUUGAGCGCUUCCGAUGUCAGCGAGCAAAUCAUCAAAUCCAUGGAGCUUCCCAAGGGAUUGCAAG